UUCCGGAAGUUUUUUUUCCCCUUCCACAAACGUUGCUGUUUGCUAGCUUCGAGAAGCUGUACAAUAGAAGAAACGAUUAUGUUAUAAACAUUUUACAGAGGCACUCGCACUGCACAUUUGUUUCUGUGUAACAACAGUGAUUUUAUUUGAUGAGCAAUGUCUAACACCGUUUCUUUUAGUACACAAAUAGGUGCAAUCAUGGAUGUGCUAGCAAAGGCAGCUGUUGCAGAAAUAACCAAAUUUGUAGACGAGGGCACUGUCGUUCUACGGCUGGAAAUGUGUCGGAAAGAAAAUGAGAUAGAAGGCCUUAAAAAUAGUUUACAGCUGAUGGAAAGAGAACUGAGGAAAGCUCAAAGAGAAGCAGCAGCACGAGGGACAAAUGACAGGCAACAUGCUGAAGGAAUUCAGCUUGGGAGUGGGACCUCACAAAAAGGUAAUGAAGAGGACCAGAAAUCCAAAGCCACGCCUGUAGAGGACCCGGAGAAGUUCAAUGAGCUGCAGAGCUCAGGACACCUUGUGGAGGCGAGGGGUGGACUGGAGUUGCUGGUGAAAGCAGAGCAGGUGGAAAAACAUGUAGCCCAGGGAACUGUACAGGACCCAGGAAUCACAGGCAGUUUGGACUUUAGAAUGGAUGAGAGAGAUAGUCAGCUGUGGUUCUCUGUUACACAAGGACUAAGUGGGAAUGAUUCCACUCAUCCAGAUGGGUCUUACACUACAGAGAGAUGCUUACAGAUGUUUUCCUCUCAGGCAGAUCAAUAUCCCGUUCCCAUCACAUCCCAUCCUGCUUCCUGCAACUCUUUGUCUUCUGCAGAGAAACCACUUAAUGACAUUUUCAGCACUGUCCCAGUGAAAGUGGAGCCCGAGUGGCAUCCUCUUUAUCAUGGCGAUGCCAUGUCUGAGUCCUUUCAAGCUGACCAGGGGCAGUACAGAGAUACUCUGCACCCUGUUUUGAUGGAGGGCUUGAUUUUACAGCCUAGACUGCAGCAGCCAGGACCUUCUUCACAAGGGCUCAUGAGAGCAACUGAGAACACAUCUGAGUCAAACUCUCACAGCAAUGAGCAUAUUCUUAAUAAGAACAGAUUGAAAACAAAAAGAAUGGUCAACGUUUGGAGAGCUGUACCAAACCAAAAAGUGUUCAUAUGCUCAUUGUGUGGAAAGAGCUUCCACCGCCACUGUCAACUUGAAGCACACCAGCACUCUCAUGCUGGAGUCAAACCAUAUAGAUGUCUUGAGUGUGGGAAAAGUUUUACGCAGAAAACCAGACUUAAGUCCCAUCAGAGUGUUCACACGGGUGAGAGACCUUUCAGUUGCAGACUCUGUGGCAAGAUGUUUGCAAGGCAGGACAACUGCCAAAGACAUGAGCGAUUUCACAGUGGACAAAAGCCAUUUAGUUGUGUGCAGUGUGGUAAAAGUUUCACGGUUCUCGGUAACCUCAAAAUACAUCAAAAACAUCAAUGUAAAUUUGCCAAUGUAAGAAUGUAAGACCAUGUUGUUCAGUGUUUUCCUCAGCGUUGUACAGGUAACCCUAACUGUGUCUUCUUGAAAAACAUGUUUAACAAUUAUUUCACCCUACUACUAACAACUCAAGAACUUCCAAUUUUGUUUUUUUCAUCUUGAUGUUUAUUUAGGAAAUUACAGAGCUCAAAAAAGGGAUGCCGUAUUAGAAUGGCAAUUUGCCUGGAAUUUUUACUAAUCUCAACAAUAUGACAUAAAUCACUUGAUAUGCUUCAAGGGCUUUAUAGGAAGGUAAGCGUUGUUAAAUGAGGAUGUCAAAUUUGAACAAAUAAUUGUCAUUUUGUGUGUCAUACCAUGAAUAUUAAAUGACAUCGAAUUGAAUGGA